GCUGGGUGCUAAGUAUCAUGGAGGAUCAGUAGGAGAACUGUGGCCAUACAAGAAAACCGAGCUGUGGGUCCAAACUCUGGAGUUGAACAUUUUAUUGCCAUAUUUUUAUUUUUUUAUUUUACAUUAACCUAGUGUUUUAUAUUUGACUAAUAAUGGAGAUGAAAAAGAGGAUCAGUUUAGAAUUGAGGAAUAGGACACCAGCGGAGGUGGCCGAGCUGGUGGUGGAUAACUGCCGCACCAGUGAUGGUGAAGUAGAGGGCCUGACAGAUGACUUCAAGGAGCUGGAAUUCCUUAGCAUGGUCAACGUUGGACUCACCUCUCUGGCAAAGCUACCCUCACUGCCCAAACUGCGCAAGUUGGAGCUGAGUGACAACAACAUCUCGGGUCAUUUGGAGACACUUUCAGAGAAGUGCCCCAACCUGACGUAUCUAAACCUGAGUGGCAACAAGAUAAAGGAGCUGAGCAAUGUUGAGGCCCUGCAAAAUCUGAAGAACCUGAAGAGCCUGGACCUGUUUAACUGUGAAAUCACCACACUGGAGGAGUACCGUGAGAGCAUCUUUGAGCUGCUGCCUCAGGUCACCUACCUGGACGGCUUCGACCAGGAGGACAACGAGGCUCCUGACUCAGAGGCAGACGCCGAUGAUGAUGAGGGGGAGGACGGAGCCGGACCGACAGGGGACUUUGAUGAUGAAGAUGACGAGGAGGAGGAGGAGGUCUCGGAAGGACGAGAGGUUGGGCUCUCUUACCUAAUGAAGGAAAAGAUCCAGGAUGAAGAGGAGGAUGAUGAUGACUACGCAGAGGAGGAGGAUGGAAAAGAGGAGAAGGCAGGAGUCAAAGGGGAGAAGAGGAAGAGGGAUGCUGAGGAUGAAGGGGAGGAUGAUGAUGAUGAUGACGACGACGAUGAUGAUGACUAGGCUUGUCUUUCCCCAGCGAACCUCUGGAUCCAGAUCCAAGCUGUAGAACAAUAACCACAAAAAAGUGUGAUCUUGCAGAUUGUUUCUCUUUGUAUACCAUAGAUAUCACUGUAGAGGCUGUUUUUUCGUUUUUAUAUAUAUAUGGGAUACAAUAUGAAAAUGAGAUUUUAUCGACAAUUAAUUUGUUAAUCAUUCCAUGUUAAAUGACGACCCUAAAUCUCUUCAAUGUGUAAGGGCUCUAAAAUAAAUGGAUGGGGGGGCUGGAUUUAUCUCAAA